AAUAGACAUUAGACAGUGAGUGUCUAUAAAAUGCUUAACAUUGUGAUGUUCUUGGUGGUACAUUCAAAGAAACAACUACUAGUUUUUAGUGAAAAGAAGAGACUUUUACGCUUUUAGAGAGAUAUAGAGAGGAAAAUGGGAAAUUUGGGAGAGAUUGAAGAAAUAGAGAAAUGGGUUUCAUCACCAGCUGUAAAUAUAGCAGAAAGAAGAAUGCCAAAUCUUUCUUUAAAUCAUGUCUCAUUUGUUUGCAAAUCUGUUCCUGAGUCAGUAAGGUUUUAUGAAGAUGUUUUGGGUUUUGUGCUCAUCAAAAGGCCUUCUUCCUUCGAUUUUGAAGGAGCUUGGUUAUUCAACCAUGGUGUUGGCAUCCAUUUGCUUGAAGCAGAAAAUGCCCCUCAUAAAAAAGGAGCAAUAAAUCCAAAAGACAACCACAUUUCUUUCCAAUGCUCAGAUAUGGAUCUUCUUGUUCGAAGGCUCGAGGAGAAGAAAAUUGAGUAUGUUACAGCAACUGUAGAAGAAGGUGGCAUUACAGUUGAUCAACUUUUCUUCCAUGACCCUGAUGGCUACAUGGUUGAGAUUUGCAAUUGUCAAAAUCUACCAGUUCUUCCACUUUCUGUUUGCCCUCUAAAGCUACCUAAAGCCAAUGGGAAUAUAACAACUCCAAGAUUUUAUGGGAAAAGCAGUUUGGAGAUGGGAUGCUCUGGAGGAGUUGCAUCUCUGAUGAUGGAGAACUUGGUGGUUGACAUGCUUGACAUUUCGAUGUAGGAGAUUGGAAGAGAAUGAUUGGUGCAAGUUUUGAUUGAAUACUCUAAAAAAUUUGUUUUGUAAAAAUAGGGGUGAAAGCUUUUGUAAUGUGAAAAAAUUUAUUAGGAGAUAUCAAUCUUUGCUUUCGGUUGUGAGUUUUUUUUAAGUUAUAUUGAAACAGUGUUUAAUUUAUUGGUUUGAUCAAUCUUUUCUUAUUUUUCCAA